GGGCCGACUGCGCGGCUGCGGCACCGCCGAAGAUGUGCCCCGCUCGGGCCGCCCCGCGCCGUGUCUAGCCCGUCCGCCUCGCUGCCCGCCAUGUCUCAGAUGCUACACAUUGAGAUCCCCAACUUCGGGAACACCGUGCUGGGCUGCCUGAAUGAGCAGCGGCUGCUGGGCCUCUACUGCGAUGUGUCCAUCGUGGUCAAGGGCCAGGCCUUCAAGGCCCACCGGGCUGUGCUGGCCGCCAGCAGCCUGUACUUCCGUGACCUGUUCAGCGGCAACAGCAAGAGUGCGUUUGAGCUGCCGGGCACGGUGCCGCCCGCCUGCUUCCAGCAGAUCCUGUCCUUCUGCUACACGGGCAAACUCACCAUGGCGGCCAGCGAGCAGCUCGUGGUCAUGUACACGGCUGGCUUCCUCCAGAUCCAGCACAUUGUGGAGCGCGGCACCGACCUCAUGUUCAAGGUGAGCUCGCCCCACUGCGACUCACAGACGGCUGUCAUUGAGGACGCCAGCUCUGAGCCCCAGAGCCCCUGCAACCAGCUGCAGCCGGCCGCCGCCGCCGCCGCCGCCCCCUACGUGGUGUCCCCUUCUGUGCCCAUCCCGCUGCUGACCCGCGUGAAGCACGAAGCCACGGAGCUGCCGCCAGCCACCGGCCCAGGGCUGGCCCCCAAACGCCCACUCGAGACGGGACCCCGGGACGGCGUGGCCAUGGCUGCGGGGGCCACUGUGGCUGCCGGUGCGGCCCCACUCAAGCUGCCCCGUGUCUCCUACUAUGGGGUGCCCAGCCUGGCCACCCUCAUCCCCGGCAUCCAGCAGGUGCCCUACUCCCAGGCGGAGCGGACCAGUCCGGGCGCCAGCAGCCUGCCUGCCACUGACAGCCCCACGUCCUACCACAAUGAGGAGGAUGAGGAGGAUGAUGAGGCUUACGACACCAUGGUGGAGGAGCAGUAUGGCCAGAUGUACAUCAAGGCCACGGGCAGCUAUGCAGUGCAAGAGAAGCCCGAGCCAGUGCCGCUGGAGAGCCGCUCCUGCGUCCUCAUCCGCCGCGACCUCGUGGCGCUGCCCGCCAGCCUCAUCAGCCAGAUCGGCUACCGCUGUCACCCCAAGCUCUACUCUGAGGGGGACCCUGGGGAGAAGCUGGAGCUGGUGGCAGGCUCCGGGGUCUACAUCACACGUGGCCAGCUCAUGAACUGCCACCUCUGCGCAGGGGUGAAGCACAAGGUCUUGCUGCGGAGGCUUCUGGCCACCUUCUUUGACAGGAACACGCUGGCCAACAGCUGUGGCACUGGCAUCCGCUCUUCCACCAGCGACCCAAGCCGCAAGCCGCUGGACAGUCGAGUCCUGAAUGCUGUGAAACUAUACUGUCAGAACUUCGCCCCCAGCUUCAAGGAGAGCGAGAUGAACGUGAUCGCCGCGGACAUGUGCACCAACGCGCGCCGCGUGCGCAAGCGCUGGCUGCCCAAGAUCAAGUCCAUGCUGCCCGAGGGCGUGGAGAUGUACCGCACGGUGAUGGGCGCCUCGGCCGCCGGCCUGCCGCUGGACCCCGACUUCGCGCCCGCCGCCCCGCUGCCCGCCGACGGCGCGAGCCCGCCGCAGCCCUUCGAGCAGCAGGCCGGCGCCAGCCCCAGCAGGCCCGACGGCUCCUACGCGGGGACUCUGCAGGGGCUGCUGGAUCGCAGAGGACGCCUGUCCACUGUGCUGGGCCCGGGUUGGAGCGGCGGCGGCAGCCGUCUCGGCUUCAGCUGCUCCCGGACGCGCUGCAGCGGCGCCGGCCGUCACGGGGCCAGCCAGCUCUGCUGUGUCUGGGAGCGCGGGCUUGGAGAGCCAGGAGCUCAGCUGUCAGUGCCCAGGAACCACUGCCCCCACCUCAGCCAGGAUGUGCAGAGGGAGGCGGUGGACCCCAAGUCCUGGGCCCUCAGCUGGGGCAGCAGCAGCCUGGCUGAGUCCAUCAGGGAGGUGGCAGCUCUGGACAGGAGCCUCACGCCCGAGGCCGCCUUCCAGCUGAUCUCCCUGCUGCACCAGCAUCACCAGAGCCCCCGUGCUGACAGCACCAGUGUCACCUGUGUGACGCUGGCUGUUUUGACCCGCGCCUGCCCAAGCGCCGAGCAGCACCUGCACAGCAGCCGGAUCUUGGAAGUGGUCUGUGUGUCCACCAAAACAGGGAGGAUAAAGACAAUGCGCGGGUGCGCUGGGCGCCGUUGCCGUGAGGCGCGCAAGCCUGGGUCAUUCCAGAGAGUGGAGCCUGGUCGCUCUGCAGCUUGGCAGCACUACCUGUGGGUCGUGAAGCUGCCGCAAGACUCCAUCAGAGCCCGGCACCCAUGUGUGGGACUGCGCUUGGACCCUGACUGGCCACGUGUGGGUGCGGGCUCCUUGCAGGAUGAAAGGGCCGCAGUGACGGUGACCUCUGCAGAAGGCUCUGCAGCAAAAAGGACCACCAGGCUUGAGGGGCUCUGUGGGGCUGCCUGUCCCCAGCCCCAGACCUGCGUCUCUGCCAGCGGUCACAGAUUCCCCGGGCUGGCACUGCAGGUGCUGGCCUCCAAGCCCCUGGAGGGGCUCAGCUUGGCUUUGGGAGAGCGACUUGGUUUAAGACGAAUAAUCACACUGCCUCUGGCCUUGUGGUGGCCUGGGACUCUGAAUUUGGGGGCUGCUGCAGAGCCAAAUUCAGAGGAGGAGGAGAAGGCAGCAGGCGCCUGGACCCACAGCUCACUGUCCGCAGGCCUGGCCUGCUACCCCAGGCUCUGA